AUGCUGCACAAGUCGUGCGUUGCCAAACGUGACCGCCCGCCUGCGAUGUUCCCCACACUGCCGCCCACGGGUGUGUUUGGCGACUGCGGCCGCCACGCAUCGACUCCAGUGCCGGCGCAUUUGAAGUCCAAGCUCGCGAUACAUGACAUUGUCCUCGUGUUGGAAUUCGCAAGUAACGUGUUGUCGAUGCAAACGAAGGCGUACAAGAGCAACCAAGUACCCGAAGCGGCCGACGGCGGGGCCCAGGUGGUCAGCGUACACUUGCUUUCGUGUGGAUCGGUGAUUUCUGUGCCAGGCCACUGCGUGUUGCGCUUGGACGGGCACUAUUCGUUGACUUCCGCAUGCAUGACGAGCCACGCCCAUGCGGAAUGGAGCAUUCGACAGACGAUGACGAACGACGCGUUGACUACGGCGGAGAAAACAGAAUGCAUCAUGGCGUUCCAAGACUUGCCAAACAACUCAAGACGAAAUCGGGCCAACGCGGACACGACACGUGGAAAUUGUCGCCGCAGCCAUUUCACAAACUUGACACGCGCCGUUUAA